AUGAAGGGAGUUUUGGUAGGUUUUUUGGUAUUUUCCUGUUAUCUUGCUAUCCCCCCCCCCCUUCCCCCUUUACCGCCUCUCAAACAAAGACAACAAGGCACACACCAUAAAUCCAAGCACAUAUUUCCUCAUCUGCCUAUUUCCUCACCCUCCACAUUAUACACAAAAAACUCUACAUCCUCUCCAUCCCCAGCUAAACCAGCCAACUCCCCCAUCCUACAAAUUGGAGCCACCCAUCCCCUCAAGAGUAAGAAUGGGGCCAUAGCAACCAACCAUCAAAAGAAGGUUACAGGGGUACGCGUGACAAAGGGGGGUCAGCUUCUUUUGCUAGUCUACAUUUUCCUUCCUUCCCAUAACUUGCACAUUUUGUCAGGAACCGGAAAGCUUCUUCAAUUUUGUGGUUACAACUUCCGAUAACUCGCUACAACACCUUCCCAAUCUGGAGCAGGAGAAUAUAAAAAGGCCAAACCGGCGGAGGAAACAAAGUAUAACCCUAACCAUGCCGUGUAAGCGUGGAGAGAUCUAUCUCACACAAGACCAAGAUGAUAGGAGCGAUGUGUAUUACAGGCGGGACUGUACAGGCCGAGUUAUAGGCCACGGGCAUAUCGGGGGAGCAUAUUACAAUUGGGUGCCUAAGCCGUCACAACAGCGCGUCAUUCCCGGCGGCAACUGUCUCCCCGGCAGCAACCAUCUCCCCGGCUUGGGGUUAGGCGGUAGCGGCAACGGCAGCGGCAGCGGCAGCGGCAGUGACGGAGAAACACAGUCGACUCUCGGCGGCCAGGAAAAGGGUUUCGUAGGUGGUGCCCCCGCUCAGGACAGCGACUUCGGCCAGUGGUGGGCGCAGGCUCUCCUCCAGGAGAGUCGUGUAGGCGAUAUUCCCGCUCAGGACGGCGGCGGCGGCGGCGGCAGAGAAAAGGCUCGCAUGAGUGAUAUCCCCGCUCAGAACGGCGGCGGCAGCGGCAGGGGGGGAAUGCAGUCUCUCGUUGACGAAAAGGGUUGCAUAAUUCUGGACGAUAGCGAGGAGGAGGAGGAAGUACAAUUUCUCGGUGAGGCUUCACGAUUUCAGUUUCAACCUCGCACUCCAAAACCAAUUACCACCUUUUCUCAAGCUGAAUUACAAACACCUACACCACAUUCUUCUUCACAGAAGAGGAAGUUGGAUUCUAUUGACACCCCACCACGACUCGCACCCCAGCAGAGACAGGCGAGGAGUGCACAGUCGCUGAGCCGAUCUGAGUGGACUUUUGGAGAGCGCAGACCAACUGCUGUAUCUGAAGGCGCAGCUGUAGAAGCUCUUUCACCGUUUUCAACGCCAACGAAUAGAAGGGACAGUAUGUCGGGGAGUAUUAAUCGGAAGGAGGGGUAUGAGAUUGUUCCUAUGCCAGCGGGCGCUCGAGAGAUGAGUUUCGGAAAUGGAAGUGAGGUUGUCACCAGUUCCAACAAGAGGCAAGGUUCUAUUCUUAGGAACAUGGAUGGUGGCAAGUUCAACAUUGGAAAUGAUAUUCUUGCUGCUUUCAAGGAGGGACUUACCCCUACUCCCAAGAUUAAGGAUGGGGAAAAGUUGAGUGGUGGAGGUGAAAUUGUUGGUGCUGCAAAGGAGCAGAUUCCUUCCACCGCCACCCCCAAGAGCAAGAAUAUUGGCAAGCUCAGCCAAGGAAGUGAAGUUAUUACUGCUAGCAAAGAUCAGCCUACGCCCACUCCAAAGGCCAAGAAUCGCGGCGUGAGUCAAGACUGGGAGAUCAUCGAAGUUGGCCCAUCCACAGAUCUGACUUUACCCCAUCGCUCUUCCACCCAGCGAAAGCCCGUGAUCGAUCUGGAAGACUACGAAGUCCUGCCUCCUCUUACAGGCACUAUAUCUAACAUGACUAUUCUACAUACCACCAUCAUCGAUUCCUCCGAUUCAGAGGGUGACUUCGACUUCGAGAUCAUCGGCUCGCACACCCUCACCUCCCCCACCCUCCCCCGCCGCCGCUCAACCAUCUACCCCCUCCGCAACCCCCCCAUCGUGCACCCUCUCUACACCCUCUGGGCAACCAUGGUUUCAAACUUUCCUCUCGAGCGUGACAUCGUCGUCGAGCUCGCCGACGGGGAUUUUCUCAAGAUCACCAAUUUGGUCCGAAACGACGAUACAGACGCCUUGACACUCCGCGGCCACCGCUUCCAGCGAACCAGGGAUUUGAAUGGGUUGCUUGCUAAGAAACGCAAUGAGCUCUGCUGGGUCACUGAGGUGGAUGAAGAUGAUGAGCGUCCGGCUUCUGUGCAGAGUUUGGCUGAAGUUCCAGCUUCCAGCGUCACGAGGGUGCGUAAGACGUUGAUUACGAAUAUGGCGUUCCCCGCUGCGACGUUCAGGAAUACCCCUUUCCCAGGUGGUAUGGAGAAUGUUGAGCAGGAGGGCAUUGUGGCGGUGAGAUGGAAAUAUACGACGACGUGGCCGAGUGCGAAGGCGAGAGUGAAUAAUGAGAAUGCCUUCUGCGAGCGCGUGUUGAGACAUCUCGGGGAGGGGGAUGCAUUGGUUGAUAAGGGAUUGAGGAUCCGUGAUGGAUUGGCUAGGUACCAGUUCCGUGGACCGACUGUGCUGGGCGGAUCCUUUAUUCCGGCUGUGCGAAAGGGUGGGAAUGAUACCAAGUCGCCUGUUCGUGGUGGUGAGACGGGGUGGCUUAGACGUCUUCCUGGGUCGCGCAACAAUAGUGUCCAGGAGCUUGCUGGGCAGACGGCCGGAUUGUUUGACGAUGACAUGGUUGAUCUCACGGAUGAGUUUCCGAAGACGCCAACGAAAUCCAGAUUGAGCAUCGCAGAGGCGACUCAAGAGCGCAUGCUCAGCCAGAUCGAUCUCACGAUGCCUGAGCUUUCAUUCCCCCCAUCCGAUGGGACGGUUCGUGCUACCAGUGCUGCCAGCAAGUUGAAGACCACUAUCAAGCGUGUAGAAGGUCAGAUGUGCACCUACGGCGACGCCUUCUGCGGAGCCGGUGGCGCAACCCGCGGCGCCCACAUGGCAGGUCUCAAAGUCAUCUGGGGCUUCGAUUUCAACGCCCACGCGUGCGAGACCUGGCGCCUCAACUUCCCCUCGGCGACUAUGUACGAGAUGUCCGCCUUCGACGUGUGCCAUCUCUGGGCCAAGGAAGCCAAAGCCGGCAUGCCAAACUGCGCACAAGUGGACAUCCUUCACAUCUCCCCGCCCUGCCAGUUUUUCUCGCCGGCGCAUACGAUUGCGGGGAAGGAUGAUGAGAUGAAUACGGCGAGUUUGUUGGCGUGUGGACGACUGCUGGCGUUGGUGAGGCCGAGAGUGGUGACGCUGGAGCAGACGUUUGGGAUUGGACAUGCGGAGUUUACGAGGUGGUUUAAUGCGCUGAUUCAUCAGUUUACCGAUAAUGGCUAUUCGUUGCGCUGGAAGAUUUGUCAUCUCCAGAACUGGGGCCUCCCACAGCGCCGUCAGCGUCUCAUCAUCAUCGCCGCCUGCCCCGGCGAGACGCUCCCCCCUUUCCCACCUUACACCCACUCCAAGAACCCCUCCCCCCCUAAUGGUCUCAAACCCUACACCUCGGUCAACACGCUCCUGACCUCCAUCCUUCGCAACGCGCCCGACCACGACCUCACCGCUGCGCUCGCCAAGCCUCUCCACGAGAGUCCCUGGGACGGAACCAGCAUCGCCCCCCGCGCGAUCACCACGCACGGGGGCCAGAACUACCAUCCUUCCGGGACCCGCGGGUUUACGAAUAGGGAGUUAGCUACGCUGCAGGGGUUUCCGGCGGGACAUAGGUUUGGGGAGAAGAACGUGAAGAAACAAAUUGGGAAUGCUGUACCGCCGAGCAUUGCUGCGGUGCUGUUCGGGGCCGUGAGGAAGGCACUGGAGGCGGCGGAUGGGGUGGAGAGUGUUGUUGUUGAUAUCGGGGGUGGGGUGGAGAGGGAGGUUUUUGUUGUUGAUUGA